AUGGCGACGCGGGCCUCGAGCGGGGGCCUUCCGGCUGUGCGGGGAAAGAAGAGGCUGGGCCGCCACCGCCUCCGGGGCGCCUCUCAGGGGCGGCCGCGGCCCCGCCUCCGCCAGCCUCCCUGCCCGACGGCGGCGGGAGGCCUCCGGACUCCGCCACCAUCCCAGCAGCCCCGGGAAAGGCCAGCGGCGCGCCACGUGCUCCCCCAGAGCGGCCUCCCCCGUCCCCGCUGCCGUCCAUCUUGGAGCCGGGCAAAAAAGCUACGCGUGGCCUACCCUCGCUCCGGGCCACGCGGAAACGGCCGACCGCAGGGCCGCGACAAGGACUCGGAGCAACGGAGGGAAGUAAAAAAGCAUCUAAAGAUGAAGGCGUUUCACACCAUCUGCAGACAGCUCAGAAGUUCAAAGGGGUUUUCUCUAGAACCAACCGCCCGUGUGGAUUUUUCCACUUCCUCUUAUUCUUGUAGCCGGAAGAAAAAAGUGAACCCUUAUAAAGAAGUAGACCAAGAAAAGUACUCUGAUUUAGUACAGUCUGUCUUGUCAUCCAGAGGCCUUGCUCAGACUCCAGAAUCAUUGUUUGAGGAAGAUAAUUUACUCUAUGGACCUGUGAGUAAGUGUAAGCCCCCAAAGCAAGAUGAGGAAGCAAAAGCUCCACGAAACUGGUGUCCUCUCUUAAUCCCAGAGAGAAGUGUAAAACCAAAUGCAACAAGUACUCCUACAGUUCCUUUGAGAAUCCCUUUGCAAAGAAAUACCAUACCAAGUGUGACCAGGAUCCUUCAGCAGACCAUGACAUCAGAACAGAUUUUCUACUUGGAGAGGUGGAAACAGCGGAUGAUUCUGGAACUGGGAGAGGAUGGCUUUGCCGAAUAUUCUUCAAUUUAUGUGAAGAACCCAGCCAAGGAUAUAUUUUUACAAGGGAAACGGUUCCAUAAAGCCUUGGAAAGGAUACUUACACCCCAAAGAGACUUGAAAGAGAGUGAUGAGAAUCUUGAAUCUGGAUAUAUCGAAAGUGUCCAGCAUAUCCUGAAAGAUGUCAGUGGAGUGCGAGCUCUUGAAAGCGCUGUUCAGCAUGAUACCUUAAAGUAUGUAGGUCUACUGGACUGUGUGGCUGAAUAUCAGGGCAAGCUGUGUGUGAUUGAUUGGAAGACAUCGGAGAAACCGAAACCUUAUAUUCGAAAUACAUUUGACAACCCGCUGCAGGUUGUGGCCUAUGUUGGUGCCAUAAAUAAUGAUGUCAACUAUAGCUUUCAGGUUCAGUGUGGCUUAAUUGUGGUGGCCUACAAAGAUGGAUCCCCUGCCCAUCCACAUUUCAUGGACACUGAGCUCUGUUCCCAGUACUGGGCCAAGUGGCUUCUUCGACUAGAAGAAUAUACAAAGAAGGAAAAGAACCAGAAUAUUCAGAAACCAGACUAG